GUGUUUCUGCUAUCCUGAUCAAAGUUGUUAUACGGUUAUCCAAAAAACAUUUUAAGGAUUUUUUUAAAUAUUUUUUUUGGCAAAACAAUCGACUUUCCAGUUCAGUCCAAACAUGAUAAACUAAUAUUUAUUUUUUUUUGUAUUAUUUUCUAGGUUGGACCUUUCUAUCGCGUGGAGCUGGGAAUUACUGGUCAUCUGACUGAAUCAAAGCAUCAAUUUCGGGCCUUAAUUCAGUCCAAGAAAAACAAGAGCAACGACAUCAUAACAACCCCGUAACGCAUGACUGAGCUAUAAACGGUUACCUUAAUGCGACGAAGAAGAGCCACUCAUUUUUAUUAACGUUCGAACUGAUGGGUAUCCGCACACCUUUCCGCCAUCCAUCCAUCCAGCGGCUCCACAAGAUGCUCAUCCCGAACCUCGACAGCAAAUCGAAGUGACAUGCCACCGAACACUCAGGGAACACACUGCACUGAUGGUAAAUUGUAUAAAUUGUUGUAGAGAUUGUUCCUCUACUGAAAAUGGAGUGCAAAAAUAAAGGAGGCUUGCAGUGUUAUUGAGUGAAACCGAACACCACGCCAGCCACGUGAUCCGUUGCAAGUGCAAGUGUAAAGUAUUUGAAUGUGAUGGUUUUUCUACUGUAAAUGUGAAUGCGUAAAAAAAUACGUAGUGCAAGGUGAAUUUGGUGGUCAAAAAGAGGAAUUAAAAAGUGUAAAUGUUAAGCAUCAAGUAGUGCUCAAAAUAUUUUUGUAUUUAAAAAAUCGUACAAGGGCACAGUAAUACCAGACGAAUUCCUUCGACGACAGGUUUAAAACAAACGUCACCAUCCAGCAAGCAGACCGGGUGCAGUUCAAAACAAUCGUUCGUCUUGAAAUUGUUUCAACGUAAACGUGUUUGGAUGUGUGUUGAGUGUAUGCCCCGCUCCCUAGAUGCGUGUGGAUAGAUGAGCAGUAGUGCGAGAGGUUCGUCCUCAGGGUAGUGAAAGAUGCGAGAAAAGCGUGUGCUUAAAGUGCGCAUAAAGUGAUCAGUGUAAUCCCUUUUUGCCUUGGAGGAGCAUAAAUUCAAGUUGUUGUUUUUGAGAGUUCAAUAUGUUACCUAUAAUGUGUGUCGUGCGGCGAAGGAGUACCUUCCCGACGGUUGCAUGUGCGGCGCUGGCAAUGCUGGUGAGUGCCCUGUCGUUCGUGACGGGUGCCCACUGGGACCAUGCAAUCUUCCUGGACGAUGACUAUCGGCUGCUGUGGAGCAUCACCGGCCAGGACAUCACGUUCGAGGUACAGGUCCGUACCCACGGAUACGUUGGUUUGGGGUUUUCGAAGGACGGUACCAUCUACGGUGCGGACAUGGUCAUCGGUUGGGUCGACCAGGGCCAAGUACACUUUCAGGAUCGACACGUAAAAAAGCAUGGAAAUGGUGAACCGUUGGUCGAUUCCUCGCAGGAUUACGUACUGCUGCUGGGGUACGAGAACCAAACGCACACCGUGUUGCGUUUCAAACGCAAACUGGACACGUGUGACGUGGCGUACGACGUACCAAUCACGAACGAUACCAUGCGCGUGAUCUAUAUGUACCACAACAAGGAACCGCACACGGCCGGUAGUCUACCCGACCCGGUGGAAGCGUUCAAGCAGGCCCGCUCACUGUUCCUAACCCAGCGGAUCAACCAGGCACCGCUCAAACCGGAUCCACGGCUCCGGACGAUGGAGUUGCUCAAUCAGGACGUUAACUUGCCGCAGGGUGACGGCACUCUGCACUGGUGCAAGAUGUUCAAGCUGAACGAUAUCAAUCGCAAACAUCAUCUGAUUAGGUACGAGCCAGUAUUUGAUUCCGGUACGAGUGCAUCCUACGUCUAUCAUAUGAUACUGCACGAGUGUCAAGGUUCGUCACCGGAGCUGGAAAUUAUGUCACGUGAAAAUGGUUGCCCGUGCUAUCGGGCGGAUAAAUCGAUUCUGACCUGCAACUCGAUAGUGGCUGCAUGGACGCGCGGUUCCGAGGGAUUUUCCUUCCCGAGUCAAGUUGGCUAUCCGCUGGAGUCAAAUCAAGCGCGGUUCUAUCUAAUGGAGACACACUACAGUCUGUCCGCCAAUGAGUACACCUGGCCACCGAAACCAAAGGCCAUGGUGGACAACUCGGGUCUUCGACUGUUUUACACGAGCACUCUCAGAGGACAGGACGCUGGCGUCCUUUCGGUCGGUAUGGAUCCAAACUGGAGGCAUAUCAUCCCACCCGGACAGGAGCACGUCGUCUCGGAGGGUCACUGUGUCGGUGAGUGUACUCAGCGAGCGUUCCCAAGGGAUGGUGUCCACAUCUUCGCCGUCAUGAUGCGGACACAUCAAAUUGGACGUCAGAUUAAGCUACGGCAAAUUCGCCACCGUGAAGAAUUGCUCCCGAUCGCGCAUGAUCGAAAUACCGAUUGGAACUAUCAGGAGUACCGGCGAUUAUCGGCCCCGGUGCGAGUUCUACCAGGCGAUCGGCUUAUAGCGGAAUGUAUCUAUGACAGUUCCGCACGGGCAGCUAUCACGCUCGGUGGAUUAACGACACGGGAAGAAACCUGUCUGGUGUUGGCACUCUACUACCCCCGGCAGAAGGAACUCACCACGUGUCACUCGCUGCCGAGUUUACCCACCGUUAUAAACUCGCUCGGCAUCAACGAGCUAGUACCCGGAUCCAAUCCGGUACGGAUCGCAUCACCACCGGAGCUGUCAGGGAUGACGCUCGAGACGCGCUUGAUUUCGUAUGACUGGCGAAACAAUUUCCGAAGCUUUCAGUACGUCACUAGAAGAGGAUCCUUUAAACCUCUGUGCUGGAGCGCCAAGAAUCAACCAAUGCCGGGGACGGAAAAUCUGGAAGGGUUCGCACCGAACAUCACCAAAUCGUACAAGCUGAUCCGCUCGUGCAGCUUCGUCGGAAGCACGAAUGUGGCGAACGUGUUCUUCCAGAACCGAAACCGCUACGUGACGGAGUCGGAGACAAACGUCGACCUAACCGGUGUCGAUGGUGACGAUGACGAUGACGAUAUCGAUAGUAACAACGUGAUAGAGGGUGCCGCCCGGAGUAAAGUGUCCCGCAGCUCCGUUACGGAGUCGAUGGGUUUGAGCGAUGGUACGGCCACGUUCCGUCCAUUGGCCGUCGCAGCGAACAUGAUUGCGUCUCUGCUCUUCAUCAUCGUGCUCAACUCGUUCCGGAUAGCGACGGUGUAAAAACGGGUCCGACCACACCGGAAAGUUGCAACAACUUGCCACUGUUUCGAUCCAUCAACUCACCAAAAGAGUCCUAGAUUCGUUUGACGUGCGUUCGAUGAACGAUUGUGAACAUUGUGUGUACAUAUACAGAAAACGGAGUGUGUGUGUGAAGCAGAAGGGGAAAAGAAUGAUCGGUUUUACGGUGCAAGUGCCGGAAAACUUUACCGCUAAGCAAUGAUUACCGGGGUUACCUUGCAUUCCACCAGGUGGAAAGAUUGUCUGUUUUGUGUUUUGUUCAGUUUUAUUUUACUACAAAACUCAAGUAGUUGAUAAAUGUUGUAAAAAAUGCUGCAAGGAGAGAAAUAUUUUCAAGAAAAGCUUAAACGUUUAUUGAAAAUGUGCUAAGAAGAAAAAAUCGAGUAAGAAAAGAAGUAAAAACGCAACAAAAUUAAAACUUCACGCAAAAAACAAAAAAGCAAAAGAAGAAAAAAAACACACAGAAAAGAAACCAAAUCCGUGUCAAAACAUAAGAAAACCCAUAAACCAAAACACAUAAAAGCUGAUGAAAGAAGAACAAACAAACAGCAGCGAUGCAUUUUGCACUGUAUAUAGCCUUGCCAUAGCUUUGGCAUCUGUUUUUGUAAAUAGUGCAUUUUGUAAAAAAGAAAAGCAACCAAAAAAAAAAUCAAAGAAAUCAAGAUGUUUGUAGAUGAACGUGACAUAAAAAAUUAAGUAUAGAGAAAAAAAACUAAACAAACAUAAGUAAGAAACAAAUGGGAGAAAACAAAACGAAAAAAAAAAUCUAUAAAAACCAAAAUCAUCUAAAAUUGUUCUUGUACACUCGGUAGCAAAUGGUGCAACAUUAUAGAUGUCAACGUGGUAGUGUAAUUUAGAAAACCCAAAAAAACCGAACAACCAUAAUGCCGUUAAGUUAAGAAAAGUGAAACAUAGGAAAAGAACACUACAACCACAACUGUGAAUAACAAUAGUAUCGGUGUCUCUGUGAGUGCUGCGUUAGGUUGAAAAAAAAUCAUUAAAAAAAAGCCAGAAUAAUACCGAAUAGUGUGAAAGAAAUACGUAUUUGUCACUGUUUCGAAACUGUGUUUCGCGCGUGUAUUGGAACAGCGUUCUGAUCAUCAAAAUAGUUUGAUGUAUUCGCUAAACCUCAUUGAGAGAUUGAAAGCAAAAGAGCCACCCCUAUUUUUUAUGUUCAUCUGUUACACACUACUAUCCGGGGGAAUGCGAGAGUCCAUGUUUUGCAAUCGUGUCUGUUGUGAAUGAAGUUGUGCCCACUGUGGAGCAAGUGUUUUUAAAAAAAUCCUGUGGACCGUUUGUAGUUUGUAUGCGGAAUUGUGAGCUGUCGUGAGAAGGUAAAUGACACCUAACUACCACAACUACCUGACCUAUAUCUUCCUCUUACUCUCCUACUAUCUGUCUCUACCUGUGUGUCUAUCUGAUGGUGAAGGUAAACCGAACGCGUAUGUAAAAUAAUGUUACAACAAGAACAAAAAAAAGCGAAAGCCGUCCUCUUCCAUCCAACGGAACGAACGAAGUGGCUUUCGUUAGGUUUCGACAUUAAUCUGUUUGAUUUUUGCAUUACAAUACUUCUAAGCAGCUGUUACGGUUGGAGCUUAUUUUCUUGUCGGUGGGUGAAACGUAGAUAAGCAAGUGACUCUUCAUAUGUCCCUUUUACCUCAUAGUAAGGCGUUUAUUGGACUUAUCCUUUACAAAUCUUUCAUUUUCUCUCUUUUACCAACGUGCAUUCACCCUAGUUUUAGUUCGCUUGGUGAGUCACCUUUAAUCUUUCUCUCAAAGAUGGUCCAUUAUCCUUCGGUCAGCUAGCAAACUCGCGAGAGACAAUCAAUAAAAAGAAAUUGCACAACUUUAUAGAGUCACAUGUAAAACAUUAACCUGAGCGUUGUGCCGGUCGAAUAGCAUGCGAGGGAAGGUCCGUGGAUGUGCAUGGUGGUAUGGGUGAAGAUUUGGAUGAGAAAAAUGCUGACCAAAUGGUAAUGGAAACAAUUUUUUUUAUUUUAUUUUCGAAUUGUCUACUUCUGAUUUUACCAUUUCAUCUUUACUUAACACUAUUUCCUCUUUAUUUUUCUUCUCUUAACAAUUGAUUGUUUAUUUUAUUUGCAUUUUUUCAUUAUUUAUUAUUUUUAUUAUUUUUUGUACAUUAUAUUUGCUUUUUUAUUAUUCUCAAACGUCUUCUUAAACUUUUUUUUUACUUUACUUACGCAUUUUUAUGGGGAUCUUUUUGUAUUAUAAUUUUUUUUCUGCUAAGACUAUGUUGUAAUUUUUUUUAAACAACAAACAUCCUAGCAUUGCAAAAUGCAAACAGAAAAGUGGCAAAGAAAGAACUAAUAGAGCGAAUGGAAAUGCAAAGAUGAGAGAAAAUCUUUUCACAUGUGAUACAGUGCGUGGAAUGUUUGUGAAAAUGGGAUAGAGAAAUACCACAAUAUGAUCGUCUCGCGUUAGUACUAAAACAGUAGUAGCAACAGUAGCAGUAGAGAAAACAAAAACAAGUAGUCGUGAAAGGUUAAAACAUUUUCUUUGCAAAGCGAAAGCAAUCCUACAAUUGAUCCUGCUUCAGAUAUGUGUAAAUAUGAUAGUAGAAAAGAAGAAAAAAAACAUUGAUCGCUUCCUCUAUAUUGAAAGGCUUUGGGUUUAAUAUGUUCUGUUUUUUCCCUCUGAAACUCUGAAACCCAACUUUUCUAGCACCUGUGCAGCUACCUGGCGCCUGCCAAACGAUCUGCUAAAUAAUUUUCCAACCAUGUUUUGCUCAUCCGAAUCCGUUCGCUGACGUUGAGCAAGGAUGACACGUUCUCUUUUCAUUUCGAGUGAAUUUUUGUCUCCCACCGAAGAUGAGAUGAGGUGCAGUGUGCAAACGUAUCUUUUUACUACAUAUGUAUGCGAUGCCACUCACCUUAUAGUAAAAGGAACGUAACGUAAGUCUGUCCCUAAAGGAAGAAGAAAUAUACAUUGAAUCGCAAAUUAAGCGAUUGAAAGGAAAUGACAGCGGUAUGGAAAUAAAAGAGAAUACAAGAAUGAAUUUUGCAAAAACGUGAAACGAUAAACGGGAGAGAAAAUGAGAGCAACAAGAUAUAAGUAACACUACAUAGAAAUAAACACACCAAACGGCAUUCAAAACAAAGGUAAACUAUGAUGGAAAAUGAAAUAAUAAUUUAAUUUAGAAACAAUUCGAAAGAGAUGUUCAGUGUAAUCAGAGAAAUGCAAAAAAACAUAGAUAACAUACAUUUUGACAUGAAGAGAAAAACAUAAACAAACAUUGAGAGAGAAUUAAUUUGCAAUAAUUAAAAAUACAAGUAAAAUGCAAAAUGCGAUACGAAAAAAAUCGUAUUGGCAAAUUGGAUUUGGUGAAACAGAAAUUCAAAAGAGAAGAAAACUAUAAAGGGUUUUAAUUUUUGGUUCAAAUGUGAAACGAUCGAUACCACAUAACAAACAUAUGUAGGUAUCGAAUAAAAGACACAAAGUUUAUGCAAAUCGAACUGCUCGAAGGUGCUCGAAAAUUGGAACAGUGUCGAAAGAUGAAGUAAAGUAUUUAGAAAACAACUUUUCUCCCCCUGUAUAAAAUUGCAUUGUUGUGACAGGCUUCAGGAAAAGUGGUGUUUCUUGAUGUAAUUGAUAAAAAAAGUAGAGUUAAAAGGAGUAAAAUCUCUCUCUUUAAGACAACAAAAAAUGGUAGAAAAAAGCUCAUUUUGUUCAUUUUGGUUUUGCACUCAAAGCAACAUAUUUUCGUAGCUUUUGAGAAUGAUGGAAAUGGCGAGACAAAAUACAAAAAAAAAAACGCGAAAGUGGUAUAAACAAAAAACCACACGCACGACUAAACCCCUGUCAUCAAAUAGAACGAGUGAAAACUAGGGAACCGAAAUCCAAACCAAAACUCGAAAUACACUCUCCUCAGUAUGUUGCAAACCUCCCCCCCGGGCCACUCUGGUGCACUUUGGUUUUCUCACCGCCCCCCAAAAAAGCCCCUCACCGUUGGGGAGGAGGGGAGGAGAAAACAUGAUCGGUAAAGUUAAAUAAGAAACAAACGUGGAUAAAGCAAUAUGAAGUGAAAUAAAUUUAGAUAUCGAAAGUGAAAUCAA